GCGCUCUUCUGUGGGUGGUGUCGGUUCCUCGGCGGGAGGAAACAGUCCGCGAGACCCAAACGGUGUGUGGAGCCCCAGACUUCUUCCUCAGCACAGAUCUAUCAGCACAGUUUCUCUCGCCGAUUCGCAAAUUCUGUCGAAAUUCAUGGAUGGGUUAGAGAACACAGAGGUUCCGGUGCGCGAUCUUCGAAUCCUCGAGAUGCUAGCAAUGAAACACGAGAAACAUUUCGCCGAGGAGCAGCGGUCCCAUAUGGCUCACAGGGCGUGGUUCUUGCAGAAGGAAAGGGAUCAGAAGGAAGCGGCUGCUCAGUGGGCAGAAUGGCGUUCACACGUGAACGAAAAGCGUCGGCUUGAGAACGAAGAGAACGAGAGGAGGUGGAAGAAGAACGAAGAACUCUAUUUGCAGAGUCAAGAAAAUCUUGCUCAUCACUUAUACAGCAAGGAGCGCCGGUCGAGGGAACUCUUGGACUUGCAGCUGGAGUCAAGGAGACGCCGAUUAGAGGAGCGACGUGGCGCUGAAUCCGCCAGGAAGGCGGCGCAGGAGGCGUGUCUGAGGGCGAAGGAAGAGGCCGAAGAGAGGAAGAGGCAGCAUCUGAUCCAACUCUGGGAACAGCAGCAACAACUCGUCGAACAGAGGAAGAGGGAGCGAGAAGAGUUCUUCAGGAAGAGAGUGGAGGACGGGAAUUCAGCCGAGACUGAGCGCCAGGAGGCGCGGAGGCAGCUGGUGGAGAGUCGAGCCACCGCUCUUCUAGAGGCCAUGAGAGCCACUAUGGACGACAGGCUUUCCAGGGCAGAGGCAAACCUUCAGUUACUCAGUGCAGUCAAGGAAGACACCCUAAGGAGGCAAAGGGAUGAACGUGACCGCAAAGCGCUAGCAGUGAGGGCUCUCCACCAUCAGCUAGAGGCGUCCAUGAUGCAGUGGCGCCAACAUGUCCUCUCCCGUCAAAUGGAGUCAAUGGCAGCCGCAGAAGCCAGGCAGGAGCAGUUCCUUCACACGCGGGCAAACAGGGUCCAUGCUGACAGGACGACCAGGACCACACACCAACAGGAGCUCCUCCAGAUGGUCUUAGCGAGGGAAGAAGCCGAGCUCCUGAUGGCCAGGAAGUGCCUGGAAGCGAAGGAUCUCAGAUCGCUGGAAGUGAGCCGAGAGAGGGAGAGGCAGAUCGCGCGUGCAAGGACCACCGCCAAUACCACAGCCUCGCUCAGGGAGAAUCUCAGGAAAAAGCUGGCCCCUGAGACAUUCGACAAAGUUGUUGCACGAGCAAACUUGGAACUGCGAAUCGAGAAUCGUCCCCCAGCGACCUCCACCUUGGGAACCAGGUCGCACAUAUUCCUCGGCUAGGCCAACGUCGCAUCCUCAUCACUUCAUUAUUAACAAAAAAAUAAGAGGCCAGGGCAAACAUUCCUCCGCUUGAGCAGCGUUUGAGGGGUUUCCUCAGUCGGUCCUCCUCCAUGGAGACGGCAGCUGGCGCAGACCCUUGAAAAGAAUACGACUCUUACGACGACUAUUGUCAUCCCUCUCAAAGGGCGAUUGCUUUGUCUCGACAUGUCGUCAUAUUUCUCCUCGAUUUGGGAGUUUUGGAAAUAUUAAAUAUUAAUAGAAUGAUUGCCAACCUCCAGAGUCAUUUGGAAUAAUAUUGUCAGAAAAGCAGUUUUUUCAUUCAGCGAUCACUGGGCCUGCAAGCUGAGUCACCUCAAAUUCAGGAUAUCAUGAAGGAUUUUAAGUAACUUGCCAUAUCACAUGAACCUCAUUAUACAGACUGAAAACAUUGAACUUCAGUCAACAGCAGCCAGUAGGCUAUUUAAAUCGUGUUCACUUAUGGAUAACUCGUUGCAAUACCUUAUUCAUCUAAACUUAAUGAUAACAAAAGCUCCAAGCAAAGCAUUUAACAAACUUAAGAAAUUUUCUUUGUAAAGUUUCCUUAGCUGGGACACGGAGAAAUAAAAAAAAUGACCCACCGCCCUCCCCAACAUAAAAUCCAAAAUAAUUAUAUUCCAAGUUAGCUUUGUUCAAUCUCCCGUAAAAGGGCCACAAUCAUCUUUGAAAUUACAGAAAGGUCCCACGAACCUACGUUUUUUGGGAACGUCAGGAAGGUGCACGAACUUCACUCUGUCAACAGCAACAAACUAGUGAUGAGAGUAGUUCUGUCAUUUAUAGUUAACAGUUUGUCUUGUUGAAUUCUAUGUUUGUUAAUUUUGAAAGCACUCCUUAUGUAGUGCUGGUUAAAUUUCGCAGCUUACUAGGUUUGAUGGUAACGAAAAUUCCGUGAUUUUCUAAACAUCCGGCAACCUUAAUUGUUGCUUGAAUAAAGUAAAACGUGGAAGCUCUUGAAAAGGCGUUCAGCUGAAAUGGUCUACGUGACUGAAGUGAAAUGUUGAGGCGUCGAACUCAAAUGAUGUGACGAACUGUGCGACUGGUGGUGCUAUCUGCCAUAGUAGGUAUCAGUGAACCAGAAAAUUUCUGUCUUGAUUAAAAAUGCGAAUUUAGCCUGGGAGAGUGAGCUCGUUAAAAUUUUUCUCGUCAUUUCCGUCAGAUCGAGGAACUACUCAACUACCUAAGGUUAAAACAAGCGUCAAAAUUCUUAUAGAACUGUAAUUGGUCGGGGUAACUAAGGGGAACUGCCAGUCUAAUUCCUGUUUAAGUUCUUUAGAUUUUCACAGGCUGACUGUCCCUAUGAGGUUUGGGGCGGGGAGAGGGGCUCUGGCACUAGUCAUGGAAUGUUUGGUCCCUGGGACUUUGUGUACAAGUGCAAUGACCUCUCCCUCUCGUCCUCUGUUCACCACUCAUAUCAAAGCCUCCGAAAUUAUUUUCACAAUAAUACAUGACUAUUUUUUGCCACAGUACAGGUAAUGUUAAUGCUAACUAUAAUAGGAAAGUAACUUAUCAUUGUGUCAGAGACAAUGAAUCCUGAGUGUGACUGAUGAAAUAACCAAAAUGGGGAGCAUGAUUUUCAACCCUAUAUUUUUGUACAUGCAACUUCCCCGGUGGAUAUAUACUUAGCUAUAGUCUCCGACGUC